AAGCAUAAUUGGUUUGGGGGCCCAUUUUUUGGUUAUUUCAAAUUUCAAAUAUAUUUAUUUCAAAUUUUAAACCCUCGCCAUUUUUGUGCUCACAAUCUCUUCUCUAUUCUCUCUGCUCCGAUUAACCUGAAGCUUCUCUCGCCGACGAACAAAUGGAUGGACAUGAUGCAGAUAACACAAAGCAAAGCACCGCUGAUAUGACUGUAUUUGUACAGAAUCUGCUUCAACAAAUGCAAACCAGGUUUCAGACUAUGUCUGAAUCAAUCAUCUCAAAAAUAGAUGAUAUGGGAAACCGAAUUGAUGAAUUGGAGCAGAGCAUCAAUGAUUUGAGAAUUGAAAUGGGCCAAGAAGGUUCUUCAUCACCUUCGGCCGCACUGAAGUCAAAGGAUGACACAAAAUCUGCUGAUGAUUCUGCCUAAGACGAUGCAUCCAGGUGGUUUAUGUGGUGUUUGUUACGAUUGUUUAGCUUUAAAAAAGAGUGUUAUCCUUUUCUUGGUUGUGUGCUGUGACAUCUGCUAUUGGUCAUCGAUGCGAUUAUCAAUUUAACGGUAACAGUUGCUUUGUUUUAGAUAUAAAUCAUAUGAUACAUUAAAGGGUGUGUAACAAAGGGUUAUUUUCUGAGAUUUUAGAAAUA